UUCCGGCCCUGCGCGGCCGCCCCGGCGUCCGGCCCGGCGGCUGGGGGAGGAGCGCGGCCAGCCGAGCCCCAGCCUGCGGUCCGGAGAGCCCAACUUCCAAAAAGAAAAUUAAGUUCUCUUCAUUCUCGGGGACCUGUGACCAAUACCGAUCAUGAAGAACCCUUUUGCACACCUUGCUGAGCCCUUGGACCCUGCGCAACCAGGAAAGAAAUUCUUCAAUUUGAAUAAAUUGGAAGACUCAAGAUAUGGGCGCUUACCAUUUUCCAUCAGAGUUCUCCUGGAGGCAGCCAUUCGGAACUGUGAUGAGUUUUUGGUGAAGAAAAAUGACAUUGAAAAUAUCCUAAAUUGGAAUAUUAUGCAGCAUAAGAGCAUAGAAGUACCAUUUAAGCCUGCCCGUGUCAUUCUGCAGGACUUUACGGGUGUGCCUGCCGUGGUGGACUUUGCAGCCAUGCGUGAUGCCGUGAAGAAGUUGGGUGGAAAUCCAGAGAAAAUAAACCCUAUCUGUCCUGCUGAUCUUGUGAUUGACCAUUCCAUCCAGGUUGAUUUCAAUAGAAGGGCAGACAGUUUACAGAAGAAUCAAGACCUGGAAUUUGAAAGGAAUAGAGAACGAUUUGAAUUUUUAAAGUGGGGCUCCAAGGCCUUUCAUAACAUGCGGAUUAUUCCCCCUGGCUCCGGAAUCAUUCACCAGGUGAAUUUGGAAUACUUGGCAAGAGUAGUGUUCGAUCAGGACGGAUAUUACUACCCAGACAGCCUUGUGGGCACAGAUUCGCACACCACCAUGAUUGACGGGCUGGGCGUUCUCGGUUGGGGUGUAGGUGGUAUCGAAGCAGAAGCUGUCAUGCUGGGUCAGCCAAUCAGCAUGGUGCUUCCCCAGGUGGUUGGCUACAGGCUAGUGGGAAAGCCCCACCCUCUGGUAACAUCCACUGACAUCGUGCUCACCAUUACCAAGCACCUCCGGCAGGUUGGCGUUGUGGGCAAAUUUGUGGAGUUCUUUGGACCAGGGGUAGCCCAGCUAUCCAUUGCUGACCGAGCUACAAUCGCCAACAUGUGUCCAGAGUAUGGAGCAACUGCUGCCUUUUUCCCAGUUGAUGAAGUUAGUAUCAUGUACCUGUUGCAGACAGGUCGUGAUGAAAGCCAAGUAAAGGAUAUUAAAAAGUAUCUUCAAGCUGUGGGAAUGUUUCGAGAUUUCAAUGACUCUUCUCAAGACCCAGACUUCGCCCAGGUUGUGGAGUUAGAUUUGAAAACUGUUGUGCCUUGCUGCAGUGGACCCAAAAGGCCUCAGGACAAAGUUGCUGUGUCUGAAAUGAAAAAGGACUUUGAAAGCUGCCUUGGAGCCAAGCAAGGAUUUAAAGGAUUCCAGGUUGCUUCAGACCAUCAUAAUGAUCAUAAGACAUUCAUCUAUAAUGAUGGUGAAUUCACUCUUACCCAUGGCUCCGUGGUAAUUGCUGCCAUCACCAGCUGCACAAAUACCAGCAAUCCAUCUGUGAUGUUGGGAGCAGGAUUGUUGGCAAAGAAAGCUGUGGAUGCUGGCCUGAAUGUGAAGCCUUACAUCAAAACCAGCCUGUCUCCAGGAAGUGGUGUGGUCACCUACUACCUGCGAGAGAGUGGAGUCAUGCCAUAUCUGUCUCAGCUGGGGUUUGAUGUGGUAGGCUAUGGCUGUAUGACCUGCAUUGGCAACAGUGGACCCCUGCCUGAGCCCGUGGUAGAAGCCAUCACUCAGGGAGACCUCGUAGCUGUUGGAGUACUAUCUGGGAACAGGAAUUUUGAAGGUCGAGUCCAUCCUAACACCCGGGCCAACUAUUUAGCAUCACCCCCCUUAGUAAUAGCCUAUGCAAUCGCUGGAACCAUCAGGAUUGACUUUGAAAAAGAGCCACUGGGAGUGAAUGCACAGGGACGGCAAGUGUUUCUGAAGGAUAUCUGGCCAACUCGAGAUGAGAUCCAGGAGGUGGAGCGGCAGUAUGUCAUCCCCGGGAUGUUUAAGGAGGUCUAUCAGAAAAUUGAGACUGUAAACAAAAGCUGGAAUGCCUUAGCAGCCCCGUCAGACAAGCUGUAUUUCUGGAAUCCUAAAUCUACAUACAUUAAAUCACCACCAUUCUUUGAAAACCUGACCCUGGAUCUCCAGCCCCCACAAUCUAUAGUGGAUGCCUAUGUGCUAUUAAAUUUGGGAGACUCGGUAACAACUGACCAUAUCUCCCCAGCUGGAAAUAUUGCCAGAAACAGCCCUGCUGCUCGCUACUUAACUAACAGAGGCCUAACUCCACGAGAUUUCAAUUCUUACGGCUCCCGCCGAGGAAACGAUGCCAUUAUGGCACGGGGGACCUUUGCCAACAUUCGCUUGUUGAACAAAUUUUUGAACAAGCAGGCUCCACAGACUAUACAUCUUCCUUCUGGAGAAAUUCUUGAUGUGUUUGAUGCUGCUGAGCGGUACCAGCAGGCUGGCCUUCCCCUGAUUGUUCUGGCUGGCAAAGAGUAUGGCUCCGGCAGCUCCCGAGACUGGGCGGCCAAGGGCCCUUUCCUACUGGGCAUCAAAGCUGUACUGGCGGAGAGCUACGAGCGCAUCCACCGCAGUAACCUUGUCGGAAUGGGAGUGAUUCCCCUCGAGUACCUCCCUGGGGAGAGCGCAGACUCCCUGGGACUCACAGGGCGGGAACGGUACACCAUCAGCAUUCCUGAAGACCUCAGACCGCGCAUGAACGUUCAGGUCAAGCUGGAUACUGGGAAGACCUUCCAGGCUGUGAUGAGGUUCGACACUGACGUGGAGCUCACUUACUUCCACAAUGGAGGCAUCCUCAACUACAUGAUCCGCAAGAUGGCCCAGUAGGCCCUGUUUCCUCGGCGACCUGCCCUUGCUUCUGCACCCAUGAGGCACCCAAGUCCCAGCCAGCCAUGGACUGGGGAGCAGCCUCCCCUACCUCCAUUUGGGUGUUGCCUUGAAGACAGCAAGUGGGCGCUGCAGUUUGAAUGCCAUUGCUAGAAGCACAGAGCCAGAAGUUUCUACAUUCUCUAUUUUUGUUAAUCUUCUUAUCCUUUUGUAUAAUUUUGAUAGAACCAUGGAAAAAUCAUUAGUACCAGAACUAGUUUUUCUUUAAAGUUACUGACCAUAGGACAUUGAUUUUUAAUGCACCCCUAAUUACUAAUUUUUAGUUGAACACUAGCAAGUAUUCUCAGAAGUGUCUCCAUCCUUCUGACUUCCUCACUGUUUCCUCUGUUCAGUGAGACCCUCCCAUCAGGGGCCCCGGCCUCUGCAUGUUACCCCAGUGUUAACUGAUGUGGAUAGGUAAGAACUUUUUUACACUUCACAUCAUAGUAGUGAGCAAGCAAAACACCUGUGGAUAAGUCAGACAUUGGAGUUUUAUAAUUAUGAACUUUUUGAUAGAUCAACAUGAGAAAGAGAGAUUUUUCUUUUACUAUCCUCAGCCCACAGGAUUUCUAGUUUGAAUACUAUUAAAUAUAUGUUCAUGGAAAAUGUGUUGGCUUUGGAAUUAAGUUUUGCUGGGAAUGUGGUCAUGGCUUUGUGAUACCAGGAGGAAUACCAUCCUGAAGCCUGGAAGAUCUUCAUGUUCUCUGGUUUUUCCAACUAACCCUACACUGGACUGGUAUAGAGGGCAUGUUGAGGAAGCACUGUAUUACUGCCUGUUUGCGAGCGGCAGGGAAGGAGGUAAAGUGGCUUGGUAGCAGUAGCAAAGAUGUUAGUAUGGUGAGCCAGUCAUAGCUUUUUAGUGGCCACAAGUCUCUUCAUUUUCAUGACUGAAGUUUCAGGGCAUACCUUCAUCUGUUCAGGCUGUUCUAACAAAAUGUCACAGAAUGUAUGAAUGGUGUAUUUUGUAUUCUCACAGUUCUGGGGCCUGUAAGUCCAAGGCCAAGUUCUAGCUGCGUCAGUCUCUGCUGAGCACACUCUUUUUGGCUUGUAGAUGGCCUUUCCUUGGUAUAUGCUUCAGAAGAGAAAGAAUUGGCUUCCUGGUCUCUUUUCAUAUAAGAACACUAAUUAUACAGAAUAUAGGGCCCUAUCCUCAUAACCUCAUUUUAGAGUACCUAAUCACCAGGCUACUUUUAGGGUUAGGGUUUCAACAUAGGAACUUUGGGAAAGCAGACACUCUCAGUCCCUAACUGGACAUCUUACAGUUUAAAUCCUUAUAAUAAUUACUUUUGUCAUUCAGUUUUUAAUACAAAGGUUAGCAAUACAUUGAAACGGGCAAAGUAUUAUUAGUUCCACUAUACAUGUUAGGAUAAACAACAGAUCAUGAGGCCUGGUAUGUAGCUCAGGGGUUGCCCAGCUUGCUCACGUCCCUGCGUGUUCCCCAGCAGUACCACAAGGUAACAAAGUAACGCAUUUUAAGUCCAGAAAAGAUUUUUCCAGGUCUUAACCACUUGUAAGUCAUGAAUUCCCUCUGAGUUUAUUCCCUGUGGGAGCUAGCCAGCUGCCCCUUUUCUUGAGUGCUCCUGCCAUGGGGCCUGAUUCCGUCAGAGCUAUAUAAGAACUAGAAAACUAAGGAUAGGACCAUACGUAGUCUACCUUGGCUCAGCCCAGAUAGUGCUUUUGUUAUGGAUUAAAAUGUAAUGUGAGGGAGGCUUUGUUUUCUAUCUUCAACUUUUUUAUUGAGAAGUAAAAAUUGUAUUACUGUGAACAACUUGAUUUUGAAAUAUGUAAACACUGUUGAGUAUCUAAAUUCAGCUAACAUGUAUUACCUCACAUAAUUGUUUUUGUCAUGAGAUAACUGUUAGUGACUGUUAAAAAUAUACUUUCAAAAGAUCGUAAUAUAUUGCUAUUAAUUGUAAUCAUCAUGUUGUACAAAAGAGCUCUUAAACUGAUUCCUCCCCAAAGAAAUUUCAUAUCCUUUCA